CUGGCAACCCGGAAGUAGCCGGCUUGCUGACUGUUCAGCGGCUAGUCGCUGCUCCGUGGGCCGAAGAUGGCGGGUGUGUUUGAGGUUGAGGUGGACGGGGUUCAACACGAUCACGGAGACCAUGAAGACGAGCAGCAGAUUGACUUGUCACAGUUAUCACCAGAAGAAAGGUGGAGGAUGGAGCAUGCACGAAUGCACGCCAAACACCGUGGACAUGAGGCAAUGCAUGCAGAGAUGGUUCUCAUCCUGAUAGUCACCUUGGUAAUUGCUCAACUCCUGCUUGUGCAAUGGAAACAGAGGCACCCAAAGUCCUACAACCUAAUCACCCUUUUCCAGAUGUGGGUGGUACCACUCUAUUUUACAACAAAGCUGCACUGGUGGAGGUUCCUGGUGACAUGGUUCCUAUUUUCCCUAAUUACUGCUUUUGUAACCUUCAGGGCAACACGGAAGCCCCUGGAAUGUACCACACCAAGGUUGGUGUACAAAUGGUUUUUGUUACUGUAUAAAAUCAGCUAUGCCACUGGAAUUGUUGGUUAUGCAGCUGUAAUGUUUACCUUGUUUGGUAUUAACUUAAUAUUCAGAAUAAAACCAGAAGAUGGGAUGGACUUUGGAGUCUCACUUCUUUUCUACGGUCUUUAUUAUGGAGUUUUAGGGCGAGAUUUUGCAGAGAUGUGUGCAGACUUCAUGGCUUCCACUAUAGGGUUUUAUAGUGCAUCCGGUAUGCCCACAAAACACUUGUCAGAUAAUAUCUGUGCUGUGUGUGGACAACAGAUCCUGGUUGAUGUGAAUGAAGAAGGCAUUAUUGAAAACACGUAUAGACUUUCCUGUAAUCAUGUAUUUCAUGAGUUCUGUAUACGAGGUUGGUGCAUUGUGGGAAAAAAGCAGACAUGUCCAUAUUGCAAGGAGAAAGUUGAUCUCAAGAGGAUGUUCAGCAAUCCCUGGGAGAGGCCUCACGUGAUGUAUGGACAGCUGCUCGACUGGCUUCGCUAUCUGGUGGCUUGGCAGCCAGUCAUCAUAGGCCUGGUCCAGUUAAUUAACUACAUCCUGGGCCUUGAGUAGGAGGAAGACUGGUGAGCAUCAGGCCUCAAAUCUAAAGGUGCAAGCUGUUUAGGACUCUCCAGCAGUAACCUUCAGAAACAUCUGGAACUACGAUUAACUACUAAGGCACAUUAAGGGAUGGCAACAAAUGAUCGGGUAGUGGUUUUACCAGCAACUGGCUCAUUAUUUGUUUUUAUAUUUUAAAAGGAUAAUAUUCUUGAACUUGUUGGUACAGACAUCUUUCUUAAUUACUUGACAACUGUUUCAGAUCAUAUCAUAUAAAACAACACCAUCUACACCUCUGUUAUCUGUCACUCGUCUGUUAUUUCUGACCCCUGGAUUACUGCUCUCUUCUUGUCCAUUUAUGUUUUUUUUUUCUUUUAUACAAUUUUCCUCAUUUUUAUGUAACAGCUUCUGGAUGGCAUUUUGACUGCCAUUACACUGCAAGAAGAAGA